GCCCCGGCCAGGACGGGCGCCGCUGGCGGCGCGGGGGCUCCAUGGAGGACGUGGGACUUCGGAGCGGUCGGGAGCGGCUGACCGGCGGCGACUCGCGUCUCGGCGCCGUCCUGGUGGAACCGGGGCCGGUGGUGGUGAUGUUGGAGCAGCGGGCAGCGGAGAGCUACAAGCUGGUGGAAGUGCUGCUGACCGGCGGGGCUCCCUGGGGCUUUACUCUGAAGGGCGGGCGAGAGCACGGGGAGCCCCUCAUCAUCACCAAGAUUGAAGAUGGGAGCAAAGCUGCAGCUGUGGACAAGUUGCUGGCAGGGGAUGAAAUUGUUGGUAUCAAUGAUGUGGGCCUCUCCGGGUUCCGACAAGAAGCAAUUUGUCUGGUGAAAGGUUCUCACAAGACACUGAAGCUUGUAGUAAAAAGGAGAAAUGACCUAGCCUGCAGGCCUCACUCCUGGCACGCAACCAAAUUUACAGAAAGUCAACCUGAGACAGCCACGUCACACUUUGCCUCCUCCAAUGCCUGCGCUUCCUGGCACUCGCGUUAUCAUGCAAGUUGUUCUUCUCACGACCUGUCAAACUCAUGGGAUCAGCCAAGUCUACACCGCACCUCUGAUCAAUUCAGCUCCUUGGGAAGUAUGGACAGCUGGGACCACACUCCACAAGUAGCCCAGUAUGGAAGACUUUCUUCUGCAAGGUCUAAUAGUAGCAUUGAUCAUCUGGGGAGCCAGAGCAAGCGGGAUUCAGCCUAUGGAUCUUUCUCCACCAGCUCUAGCACCCCUGACCACACUCUAUCCAAUGCAGACACUUCUUCGACAGAGAAUAUGCUAUACAAAGUGGGCCACUGGGAGACUACUAAGCAUGGAAAUAAGUCUGGCCAGUUCUUGAAUGACAACAGUGGAAUAGAGGAAAAACCUGGGUAUUUGCCAGUUCCCAUCCAAUACGAGAACAACAAAAGUCCUAGAAUAGAGGAACACUCUGAUGGCAAACUCAGUAGCUCUGGAAGAUCCAGUUUUGGACCUGUCUGGUAUGUUCCUGAUAAGAAGAAAUCUUCAUCUCCUCCUCCUCCCCCUCCACCUCUUCGUAGUGACAGCUUUGCUGCUACCAAAGGCCAUGAGAAAGCCCAUGGCCCCACGUACUCAGAGGCUGCCAGCACGCAGCACUUUACAGCCCUGAGCCGGUCUCAGCCCAGGAGUGACUGGAACCUGGAAACUGUGGAGCAGCAGCGGCGACCCUCUAGAGCGUGUGACAGGAGGGUCAGCAGCUCGAAUUAUAAAUCUGAUCUCAGUUCAGAGCACACUUUUUCUUCGUCUGGUGACAGGUACAACAGUAACACAGGAAGUGUGAACAAACUGCAGUCAUCCUUGUCCAGCACUGAUGUCAGGUUUGCACAGCCUGCUUACAGUUACCACCACCAGCACCAGUACAGUGAUGAAAGCACUUUUUUCCACAAUGCAAGAAUCCUAGCGGCGCCUAAAGAUCAGCAACAUUAUCUGUCCUAUGGUGGCAUUCAGGAGUUACCUACAGAUCAUUUUCAUGGCUACAGUCCAAACCAAGGCAGCCUGCUCAACACUUCCUCUUCUUCAAACAGUGCUGCUGAACAGAAGGUGGACAACACUGGACAGAGUCGCUAUUACUGCGUGACAGCAAAACAGCCUGCUCAGGGAAGCUCAAAGCCACUACAACUCAAGGAUGAUAGCUGGAAGGCUGCAGUGGGGGCUGAUGCGUUGCUUGGACCUCACGAAAAUCCCACAGCUGUCUCAGUGGCCCAAAAGCCAAAAUACUAUCUACCUCAACAAUCUGUUGAAUCCUCACUGAAAGAGUGUGAGAACAGUAGUCAUUACACAUUGGACAGAGAGGGGGAUGCUAGGUGUACUGUAGUAGAAGAAGCUAAAAAAACCAAUCAUACUGAAAAGUCUGGACAGAAAAAAAGCUUUGAGAGCACCUCUGAGGGAAGUGAACCUAGGUACAGGCAACAGGAGUAUGUAAAAGGCAGCGUUCUUAGAACUGAAAACGGAUCUGUUCAGAAAGAUUUUAGGUGGGGGAAAGAUGAGAGUAGCAAGAUUUCUCCUCAGAAGACCCCAAUGUUGCAUUCUUUAGCUCAGGAAGGAAAAAAACAGUCUGACAGCAGCCCAGAAGCAGUAACAGAGCGACAGGCCCCAUUUGACACCCACUUGUCUAAACAGGCACGGAGGAGCGAUCGUUUUGCAACAACCCUGAGAAAUGAGAUCCAAAUGAGAAGAGCAAAGCUGCAGAAAAGUAGAAGCACUGCUACAUUAGUAGGCUCGUCUGAAACAGAGGAGUGCAAUGAUGCCUGGAAGCCAGAUUCGACAGAAAAUGCCACCAGCUCCCCGGACACUAAUUUUACCAGCACCUACAAAGAUCACCUCAAGGAAGCACAGGCUCGGGUUCUGAGAGCGACGUCCUUCAAACGUCGGGACUUGGAGCCCAGCCCUGCUGAAUAUCUCCCCAGGUCACCCGAGCGGAAAACUGGUAGUUACAACUCCUCAUUAUUGGCAUUGGUUUCUGAAGAUGAGUCUGGGUUCCUUGAGGCUAUGCAGGCUAAACCAAACCCCACAGGGAGUGGCACUCAUCACGUUUCUCGCAUCGGAGCCAGGAAGAGGUUCACAACAGAGCAAAAGCUGAAGUCCUACUCUGAACCGGAGAAGAUGAAUGAGGUAGGGAUGUCAGAGGAUGAGUGCCAUGCUCAGUGCCAUCCAAACUCAUCUGAAGAAGCCCUGGGCUCAUUUGCGGACAGGUGGAAAUUUUUUGAAGAAACGAGUAAGCCUGCCUAUAGGAAACUGGCACAGAAACCAGCUCCCCAUGGUCUAUCUGAGGGACAGCCUGAGAGACCGGAUAGGAAAGCUCACGGUGGACAAGAGGGAGAUGAAUCAUGGUAUGAGAGAAGAGGUCGGGCAGCCUCUGUUGGACUUGAAGGUGGUUAUGCUUCAAAAGACUGCAUCCACCAGAGUAACAGCAGUAAGGCUGCUGACAGGAUUGUGAAACCUGAACUGCCGCAGCGCCUGGGAACCUUUGCAGAGUAUCAGGCAUCAUGGAAGGAGCAGCGAAAGCUGAUCGAGCCAAGGAGCUCGGGAAGGUACCAUUCAGCUGAUAACAUCCUUGAUGCAGGCCAUGAACAACAUGAGAAACCCCAGUACACUCAUGAGAGAUCUAGAUCAUCCCCUUCUACUGAUUUUUACAAACAGGAAGCCUCAGCUGAAGUAAGAAGGCAAGCAGAGGAUUUAAAGGAAGAUGGGGAGUCUAUUUUCUCUAAAGUUUCUAAUCUGGAUGAAAGGAACUGUGCUGUAAGGCAAGGGGACACAGGGGCCCUGAGGGAAAACCCACGGGAGAAGAGCAAUCAGCUGAACCAGAAUUUAGGCCACAAUUGGAAGGCAUCUGUCAGGCCUUUGCAUGCACGAGAGCCUACGGUUCUGCCUCAGGAGAGCCGGGGGAGGUCUGGGACGCUGCCCAGUGAUUACCGAUACUGUCAGGAAAACGCCAACGAGGACAACAAGGAUCGCAGCUCGCCUCAUCCCCCCUGCACUGAGCCACAGACCUUGAAUGGGAACCACUCCUCUCUCUCCAAAGGAGAAGAAAAACAUAGGGUAGAGCCAGUGCUGCUGAACAAGAAGCGUGGACCUGCUCCUCAGAGGCCGCCACCACCAAAAAGAGAUAAAUACAGGCAACUAGAUAAUUCUGCACCGUCGCUUGGCACCUCUGCUGAAUCUCUGCUGGCAGCACCCGGCAGGUCCUUUCCAUCCUCGUCCCCCAGCUCCGCUGAAGUAUUUGCCAGUCGCUCCUCUCUCUGUCAGAGUCCUGCAGCUUUCAAUGCCAAACUGAAGAGUGCUAAUCCACAGCAGCUCCAGCAAGCAUCAUCCACGGAGAAUGUUUGUCAGCACUUAGAAGAAAAAACGCACCUUAGGUCUGAGUCUGUAUUAUCUUCCAAGUAUCGUUAUCUUCAAAAACCUGGAAUGGAGACAUCAAGGUCCCCUUCUCCUCAGUUUGCACCACAGAAACUCACUGAUAAGCCUCCUGUGUCUGUACAGGAUGAAAAUCCAGCCAGAAUUGAAAGGGUUAUAGACAAUAACACUACAGUGAAAAUGGUUCCCAUCAAGAUAGUUCAUUCUGAGAGCAGUGCAGAGAAGGAGAGUCGGCAAAGUCUUGUCAGUACUAUGGAGCCUCCUGCUUUACCCAGUGGUUUGGAAAAGGACCAAAUCAAAACACUCAGCACUUCUGAGCAAUCCUACUCACGAUUCUGUGCUUACACCAGACAAGGUGUAGAGCCAGAGCCAGAAGCCAGAACCAAACCAGCUGACCCUCAACCAGCUGAAGAACCUGUGAGCAAUUCGAAGGACAACAGUGCUGCCGCACCAGCAGUCAGCUAUGUAAAGGCCAAAGAGAAGACCUUCGAAGACUGGAAGUCAGAGGAACUUGCCAGAGAGAUUGUGGGAAGAGAUAAAUCUCUAGCAGACAUUCUAGAUCCUAAUGUGAAAAUAAAAACAACAAUGGAUCUGAUGGUUGGAAUAUUCCCUAAAGAUGAACACCUCCUAGAAGAAGCUCAGCAGCGCAGGAAGCUCCUGCCAAAAGUUCCUUCGCCAAAAAUUUCAGAGGAGAAGAAAGAAGAGCAGAGCACACCGUCUGCCAUCUCCCUGACAACAAAUUCUACUUACUAUAGCACAUCUGCACCAAAGGCAGAGCUGCUGAUUAAAAUGAAAGACAUGCAGGAGCAGCAGCAACAGCAGCAGAGCGAGGAUGAUUCUGAAGAUGAGCUGGAUCAUGACUUGUCAGAAAAGAAGCAAGAACUUAUUGACAGUAUUAGUAGGAAGCUGCAGGUGCUGAGAGAAGCACGAGAGACACUUCUGGAAGACAUCCAAGCAAAUAAUAUACUGGGAGAGGAAGUAGAAGCCAUUGUGAAAGAAGUCUGCAAACCAAAUGAAUUUGACAAAUUCAAGAUGUUUAUUGGUGACCUUGACAAAGUGGUCAACCUCCUGCUGUCACUAUCAGGUCGUCUGGCCCGGGUAGAAAAUGCCCUUAAUAACCUGGAUGAAAAUACCUCUCCAGAAGAACGGCGGACAUUGGUAGAGAAGCAGAAGCUGCUGACCCAGCAACAUGAAGAUGCAAAAGAACUGAAGGAAAACCUGGAUCGCCGGGAGCGCAUUGUCUUCGACAUCUUGGCGAACUACUUGAGUGAGGAGAACUUGGCAGACUAUGAGCACUUUGUAAAAAUGAAGUCAGCCCUCAUCAUUGAGCAGCGAGAGCUGGAGGACAAGAUCAAGCUGGGGGAAGAGCAGCUGAAGUGUCUGACCGAUAGCCUCCAACCUGAACGGCUUAAAUAAGGGGACUGAGUGUGACCCAGGAUGUGAAAAAUGGGAAAGAAGGAAGGGAUGGAGGAGUUACCAAGCCUAUCAGCAAGUAUCUUGGCUUGUCUGAGUGCCCAGUAGAGAAACAGGUGUACAGGAAAAAAGCAGCUCUCACAACAGCAAUAACGCUCUCUUUCAUUUUUUGAGAUGAUGUAUUUAAUUUUUUAGAACACAUUUUUAUUGCUGGACAUCACAGCUGUUUUUCAUUGCUUAACUUACAGAAAACUCCACAGAAAAGGAUAGACUUUUAACCUUUCUCUUAGUAAGUUGGAAGUCUGUGGCAGUUGUGCAUGCAAGCAUUUUUUAGAAUAGGUUGUAUACUUUCGUUGUGUUCAGAUGCUGUACAGACUGCUGGGAAACCCAACAGCAGUUUAUGAAUGCACACAAAUUUAGAAGCUCUAAAUUUAGUGGCUUUUUAUUUUUUUUAAAGACACAUUAAAUAGGGGAAGUGUGCAUCUUAUAGCUAAUAUAUUCAGAUUGCUGAAAUGUAGUGUCACUCUGAUCCUGUGGCAUCAGACGCUUUUUUGUAAUAUUGUAUAUAGGAUGGCACUUUCCCCUUGCAGAAAAUAACUUUACACUCAGUCUCAGUUACAUGCUACUUAAACCAGCUUGCAAAUCACCUAGUGGCCACGUUGCUGAAGAUUUUUUUUUAAAUUAUUUUGCAAGAUGUUGUACACCUUCUUACUGCAAUGCAAGCAGUUGUCUUUACCAAGUUGUACUUGAUUUACGAAAACUGGCUGGAAAUACUGUGCUGAUUCUGUUCAAAACAUUUCUCAUCUAAAUUAUUUAGAUAGCUUGUUUGCUCUUUCUUGUGCUUUUUAUGCAUGUUUUCAUUCUUCCUCUCCCCAAACCACUACACUUCAUGAAAAUAAAUGUAGGCUAAGGACACUGUUUCUAUAUGUCUUCUGAUUGCUCAAGAUUGUGAUGAUUUUAUAUAGAUGGUUGUUAUACUUCAGCUGACCUACGUAAUCCUGUUCAUUGUUUCCUCUCCCUCAGAUUACCAAAUGCAAUAAAAACAACUUCUGCCUUGUAAAUACUGUGCAUUACUCAGAGCAGCUCUGCUUUGUAACUGUGAAAUUAAGUGGGUUUUGUUUCUUUGUUUUUUCCAUUAAACGAGGAUAAACAAGAGGAUGCUAAUUCACAGUGUCAGAUUACUGGUUGUGUUCUAGUAACACUGCCAUUGACUUGUUAGAGAUUAUUUCCAGUAGCUCUAAACCAAGCUGCUAUUCAUAUUUUUAGUGUAGGAAAAGGUUAUGUUGACUUGCUUAGAUACCUACACAGAAAUUCUGGAGUGUCUAAAGCUCAAGUUCUCUGUUAGGAUAAAGUUUUGCAGGCAAAGGAAAGUCUUGGAUGGCUUUGUAUAUAUGACAUUUGCAUUGUAGUAUAGACAAACAGGUUGCCCAAUAAGGAGCCAUUUUUUUUUGAGGUGAGUGUGAAUGCCAGUCUAUAGCUAAGCAGGUUAAAAAUAGGAGUAGUUAGGUGUUGGAAAGAGAAAAUAAUUCUUCGUCACUCUUCCUGCAGUGACAGCAUUCACAGAAGGUUUUCUGUCCUUCUUGCCUGAAUCCCCUCUUUUGUGCUGAGAGAACUGGAGAGGUGCUUACAAGCAAAUUCCUUGGAGCUGGGGAGCUGGGUAGCAGAAGUCCCUGAUCCUUUACAAACAGAUGCAGAUGUUAAAAGGACUGGCUCCCCUUAUAGUGCACUACCUUCUAUACCUGGACCAAAUAUUUCAUGAAAUUAUUAUGAUGUGUAUCAGCUGAGGUAAACUAGAACUCCCAUUUUGCAAGACCUACAGCUGACCUUAGUUUCUUCCUCCUAGUUCAGAAAUGUAGUCUCUGGCAUCUCACAGUUAUUUGCUGCUAUGUUCCUAGGACAACUUACCCCUCUGUCCUUAAACUCAUCCCUUAAACUCAUCCCUUAACCGUAACAAACCCAAAACUAAACAAUUCCCAAAUAAAUUAUGCUUGUCUCUUUUAGCUUGGAGAAAAGUGUGCAUUGUUUUAUCUGUGGCAUUUUAAAAAUUUUACAUAUUGUGGUUACUCUGAAAUGUGUAUGUGAAAUGUGAAUAAUAAUAUAAUUACAAUGUGUCUGUAUACAGUACUUUGAUUUAGGUCUUUCUGCUAGAAGGUAGCAAUAUCAUGAAUGCUAUAUAUAUAUAUAUAUAUAUAUAUUACCCUUUUCACAGAACAGUUGCAUAGACACCUUUCCUGUGUUAGAUUUUUUUUUUCAGAUUGUGUUGAAAAUAUAUCACCCUGGGAACCUGAAGAUGCUGGCCUCCCAGUGUUAUAUAUAAAUUUGUAAAUAACUAUACUGUUGCUUUUUGAAAAAAUCUGGUGCUAUUGUUUUGCCUUUGGCAUCCUGGGGCUGGCUGUUUCUUCACCUUAUGUUCUCAAUUCUAGAUCUCGUUUGUAUAGUGAAAAAUUUCCACUGUGUUUCUCCAACUGUUUGGAUCCUCCAGCCCAGAGUGAAAAUGUACAGUUUUCCUGCCUGCCACUUAUCACUUACCUACUGAAAAAUGGCAUUGCUUGACUUUGAGAAAAUAAACUGUAUAUUGCAAUGUAGAGUUAGUUUUGGUGUGCAGUUUUAACUCUCAAAACCUGCUGGUUUUCUGUGCCAUUUUGGGAUGCUCCUCAGCAGUGCCUGUAGCUUUUCAAGGCCAGGCCAGUUACCUGAUGGUCUGAAGUAGCUUGGUGUCUUUGCACAGGUUAUUUAACCUGUUGACUUAAUUGAUCAUUCUCAAGUUCCCAGGGUAAGUAACAGAAAUGUGUUUACAUUGAUUCAGCAAUUCAAGUGUGUGAGUACAGGAGAGCAGAAAGGAGGAUGGGUUACCAGGUGGAUAAAAUAAAUCAGUUUCUUGUGACCUAGGAAGUUUGUACUGGAGAUGAGGCCAAGAUUUUCCUACUUUGGCAAUUACACUACUUAGGCUUCACCUUCAUCCUGUGUUUAGAAUGAUCUUUCAAACAGAAAUAUAUAAAGUCACUGGUUCUUGAGAUAUUUCCCAAGGACAGAUCACUGUGAACUUUCCAUCUCCAGCAGACUUCCACAAAAAUUGUUGGAUUUCAGUAUAAUGGAGGUUCUCAGAUUAACCGCAGAGUAUUCCGACUUACUGGGGAAAAAGUGUCAAGUGUGCACAAAUUCAUUACAGAGGUGGCCACAGAUAUGUUUUAUGGCUUAAUUGUCUGUGAAGCUCUUUAUCAUAGAAAACUCUCUGGGAAAUAAAAGCUGGGGAAG